GUUCACAGCCAUCGAAACGCUAUUUAGCGCCGACAAAAACAGAGCAGACGUCUGCGCCUCGCCCAUGAAGUGUGGAGGAUGAGCCAUUCCCAGCCACUCUGAAGCCGUCCACAUAAGUAAAAUGACUUGCCUGGGUAUUAAAGUUGACUCCAAGUUUAGCGGAAACUCAAGUGAAGCAGAAAUGAAAGACUUGGAAGCAGACGUCAAAAUGACAGCCAAGAGGCGAAUUCGGAGGCAUUUACCCGUUGCGAAAGGACCUCACACUGUCGGUGUUGUUGAUAUCAUGUGCGAGAGAGGCGAAAACGGGAUUUUCUUUCGAUUGUAUUAUCCAACAACAAGGACAGACAUUUAUACCCGGGACCGGCAAUGGCCGCUGUGGCUGCCUCACAAAAAGUAUGCCCUGGGUUACGUCCACUUCCUGCAAUGGAACCCGGCCAUUUUCGGCAAGAUCUUCAACUGGCUUGGGGGUGAUGUGUAUGUACCCGCCUUAUGGCAGGCGCUUCUUCUCAAGUCCAACACGCCUUACCCAGUGCUCGUCUUCUCCCAUGGCUUGGGCGGAAAUCGAACCUCGAACACCUCCUUCUGUGUCGAGCUGGCUUCUCGGGGCUUCGUCGUGGCGGCCAUAGAACACAGAGAUGGCUCUGCAUCAAUGACUUUAUGCCUUAAAAACAACAACCAUUCAACCAUCCGUGCCUGCUCUGACUACAACAAUGAAACAAAUGAUGGGCAUAUCAACAAAAAAAGUGAGCAUGGUCAUCAGAAUCAGCAUCAGAACCACCAUCACUGUAGCCACCAUAAACUAAGUGAAGGCCACCACUGCAACUACUUCAAGGAAGAGUGGAAGUGGUUUGAGCAUGUGGACAAGUGGGAUGACUUUGAUUACAGAAAUGGCCAGAUGUACAAGAGAGCAGAAGAGUGCAGGCAUGUCCUUGAUCUUCUGACAGAAAUGAAUGCAGGUGCCACUCUUCACAAUACACUAGGCAUUGCAUUUGACACCAAACAGUUCAAGAAUCAGCUGGAUCUGAAGAAGGUCUGUGUUGCUGGCCAUUCUUUUGGUGGUGCCACUUGCCUGGCCACCUGUUCAACAGAUUCUCGCUUCCAGGUUGGUGUGGUGCUGGAUGGCUGGAUGCAUCCUGUGGAUGAUAAGAUCUUCUCAUCUCUGAAACAGCCUAUUCUGAUGAUUAACAUGGAGUCUUUUCAGUGGCCUGUAAAUAUCAAGCAGAUGAUGAGGCUACUGGAGGCUGGGGGUGAGGCAGACAGGAAUAUGAUCACCGUCAGGGGUACAUGCCACCAAAGUGUGACUGACUUCCAGUUCUUGUGCAACAAGGCCAUGGGACGAUUCAUGAACGUACGAUACAAACUUGACCCUUAUCUGUGCUUGGAGAUGACCUGUAAGGCCACCAUGGGCUUCUUGACUAAACACCUUAACCUUGAGAGCAUACCUAAUUAUCAGGAGAUCCUGUCUGGAGAGCAUGAUCUCAUCAUUUCUGGCACCAACGUCAAGUGGACCUAACUGUAGGCUCCAUGUGGACAUCUGUGCAGGAAAACAUCUUGACAAUGUGUCACCUUGUGCUGUGCAGCUUGAGGUUGCAGUCUGCUGUCGUACAGAUGUACUCCGAGUGCACUACCUUCAGUCAUACUAUACAAGUCAGUGAUAAUUGGUGACUGCAGUCCUUCUGUAGUCCAGUCAUCAUCAUCAGCAGCAGUAGCAGAAGCAGUUUCAAAUGACCAUUUCCAUGUUCAAACAUGGCAUGAUAUAUACCAAUACCAGCUUUCUGUAAAGUCAUUGAUAUACAUUCCCACUCUAGAGUGGCUUCAUUUUUACAAUAGCAGCUUCAUUGUGAGAGAACAUGUCCCACUCAUGUCAUUCUUCAUUGAGAGAACAUCUCACUUGUUUUAUGGACAUUGUGAGAGAAUGUCCCACUUGUGUCAUUCUUCACUGUAAGAGAACAUGUCCCACUUGUUUCAUGGAUAUUGUGAGAGAACAUAUCCCAUUCAUGUCAUGGACUCUGUGCUCCGCACUAACUCAUAUACACCAAAGGUACAGCUUACCACCGGGCACUCGAAUGGUGGUUUGCUAAGAACACUUAUAAAAUCUUAGCAGUUUAGGAUGUCCAUAAAUUUUACUUUGCUUGACUUCACUCAAACCUAUGAACAACCAAUAGGGUUCACUGAGACGGGAUCUCUUGCAUCCUGCAAGUAAUGAAGUCAGCUAAGCAGGGAUCAUUAAGAAUUUUUGGAUCUGUUUCGUACAACUAGCCAGCAUGGACCUAUUCUUCACAAAGCAGUUUGAUAGGGGGUGGGUGGAAAUGUCCUGAACUUAGCAGAAGCACCAGACUUGGCAAGCAAUUAAUGUGUGCAUGACUAAUUAAGUGAUCUCUCAUGAGGAGUACACUGCUAAACUGUCUGCCAUACAGAAGUAGUACAUUCUCACUGAAAACAUGCAGAAAUGAUUAGUUCCUUGUAACCACUCAAGCCAUGACUUUAUUAACAUGUUUGCUGGUAUGGCACUGCAGGAAAGAGACAUCAUCAGGACCCCUCAGCACAAAGCCAUCACUCAUACCUUCUGCUGCUUGCAUACACACACAUACUCAUGCACACACACACACACAAAUAAAUAGAAUAGUGCUUUAAUCGUAACUACCCACAUAGCCUAAUUCCUAACAUGAUGAUUAUUAUAGCAUUCAAGUGACUGGAUUCUGUUUUUGAACACUGAGGGAAGUUUGCAAGGUAAUCAAGAAAACGUGUUCACUGGUUUCUUUCUGCACAUGGCAUUACCAAGACAGUUAUCAGCUUCACAUCAUCCACCCUCUUGAAAUUAUGAUCACCUGUAGCCCCCUUCCAUCAAAAUAAUACUUCUCCCUCUAUUCCUUCUAUUGUUAAGACUUUUGCUAUUUUGCAUAAAAGCAAAAAGCAAAGAUCUUUAAAUCAUGGCUUUAUGGCUUGCCAGAGUCAAUGGAUUGGUUCUUCAGAUUAGUAUAUUUUUAUAUGCAGAGGAAACGAUUGAUACAUGAUGAGACUUGACUAGUUUCUGAGCGCUUUCUUUUCCUCUGAUGACUGAUGAGUGGUUGUUUUGUAAGUCUUGUAUAAUCAACAAGUGUGAAAUAAUUGGCACUGGCAUUAAUCUGUUGCUCUACUUAAUGUCUUCAACUUUCACAGUAACUUGUAUGUUCUGUUUGCAGCAUUCAUAAUUAUUACAUGUUCUGGUAUGUCUGUUGCAGGAUUUGUUACAUUUUUUAUUUUCUGAUUUUGGUUCUUGAAUUUUCUAUUACUGGAUCUUGCUGUGAUGUGAUUUUGUACUCAGUCCAGUUUUAUGUUAUCACUUCAUGUUUUCAUUUUAUCCUUAAACAUUUUUUUAAAUAUUUAUAUUGUAGAGAAUGGCAAAAAUUAUUCUCCAGAUAUUAGAAUAUUUGCCAAGAAUAACUUUCUCCACUUGAUCCAGCUGCUGAAUGGGUAUCUGGACCCAUAGAGGGUUGGAGAAGAAAAGGUUAGUAAGACAGUGAGGUAGAGAUUGGAACUACCUUCACAAAAAUACUGCUCUCAAGGUAGGAGCAGUUUCUAACCCCUCAUUUCUAAAUAAACUUGAGGUUACUUGACCCUUUUUAUAUAAGCAAUGAAUGGGAAAGUGACAUAAAUUAUGUGUUGUAAAUCACAACUUUAAUCCAUAUGUAUUUGCAAACUGCGAUUUGAACUUUUUCUUUUAAUUCUACAAAAUAUUGUUUCCACAAGCAAACUGUGAUACAAGCUGAAAUCAACGGUAUGUUUUUUUUAAUCUGUCAUGUUUUUUAAUGAUCUUUUAAUGGAAGUUUAUUGCAGUUCAGCUGCACAUACCAUGGUUAAUUUGCAAUCAUCACAUUUGGAUGAAGGUUUAUAAAGAUACCAACUGCUGCGAUUGCCUCCUUCAUGUCAAAUCAGGCUGUGCUUUUCUUAAAAAAUGCUUUGGGAGGGAUUUGUGAGUGUGGUUUUACAUGUGUAAAUUAAAAAUGACAGAUAAUUU